AUGGCAGGUGACGGCUCUAUGACGGCGGCGGCGUCCCAAACACAAGGUGGGCACAACGCCGCUGCCGAUGGGGACUUGUCCGCGGCUCACGAUGAUGCAUCGCUCUCGUUCACGGGACUGCAUGCGAUUUCUACAAUGCUCAACCACCCGCGGAAGAGGGCUGCACCCAUUCACGCGAGCUCGGCCAGGUUCCCGCCCAUCGGGCCUGCGGGACAUGCACCACCAACCAUGCCGCCUACCGACAUGCGGGUCCUGAACGACUAUGUCACACAAUUCUCCGGCGAGUGGGACAGGUACGAGCGCGAGCAUGCGCUGAUCCGCGCGCACAACACACCAACAGAUGUGGCGCCGAAACGACUGCCUCCCCUCAGUACAGUGCCACAAGUAUUUUUUAGCAGUGAUUUUGAUUUGGGGCAGCCGUACACUUUUGAUCUUGUGACGGAGCGGUACAAGCAGUCGACGGCGAUGGGCGUUGAGAGUGACGAUAAUACGAUGCAGUACGGAGUUGUGCUCAAUCACAUGCUUCAGGAGAAACUCAGCUACUACUCAGACGUCAUUGAACAGCAUUUGAUCGUUGAGAUCGGCGCUAAGAGUGUCUACUUCUUUGAUGCACUGGCCACGCUGCGUCAGCUGCGGACCGAUGCGCAGUCUUGCCUGGACCGCACAGAAUCGGUCGCGCAGAAGCUUGAUGCCGUCGAUGCAUUUGUACGCGACGGCUUGAGUAUCGCAAAAUUGCAAGCAGAACGCCGAUAUCUCGAGGCGCAGAAACACCUGUUGAAUCAAGUCCAGACGCUGCUAGAGCGCCGCGAUCUCGUGCGUCUGUCCGUGCAGCAUGGCGAAUACGAGAAUGCGAUGACACUCUUGGAAGGCUUGUUCAAGACGUUGGACGACAAAGAGGCUCCACUUCAUCGACUCAAGUCCCUCCAGAGUCUCCGACCACAGUUGGAGGUGGAACAAGCUAAGAUGGCUGAGUCACUACGGCAUGUGCUUCUGGGCAUGCUUGAACGUGCGCACCUAUCAGAGGAGGCGUGGGAAAGCAUUGACUUGAGCAUCGUAGAGACGUCUUUUGCGUCCUUGUCGUCAUCGGCGUCGUCACCAGCGCCGUCCACGUGCCCGUCUAUUGACGAUGUUCUUCCUUCGAAGCCGGAGAAAAAUGCACCAUCCAGUAUUCCCCUUCCCGCAGAUCUGUUGCCGAUGUGGUCGCUGCUUCAGCGAUGUCAUGGCUUGGAACAGGGCUUGCGCAUGUACACACAGCAUAUGGAAGAUCUCUUAGUCCAAGGUGUACGGCAAGUUGUAUCGCCAUACAAGUUUGCUGCAUGGGCCAUGCCAGGCAAAGCAUCAGCCGCAUCGCAAGACUCGGCUACAAGCCAUACGUGGCCUGAGCACCUGCAUGCGCUGGCGGCCAUUUUGCGGGCCCUUUGGCUCUUUGCGCAACGAAUGCAAGCGGUGCAUGAGAUACUCAAGAUGCAUGCAUCGGCGACCGAGCAACAGAUCCUUCAAGAGGCAACGCAGAUUGUGUGGACAUCCACCGAAAAUACCGUAGUGGCUCUUGUUUCGCCACGAGCUCCACGGCUUCCUGACCUCGAUUUGAAUGCAUUUGUCGUGUACUUCUCGCUUGUUUGGCGCUUCAUGAGCCUGAUCGAGUCGGCAGCUGCACGUCCGGGCGUUUCUUUACGCAGCUGCAUGCUCAGUCAGGCCAAAGCGUUCUUGGGUCAAUUCCAUCGUGUGCGUAUUGAGCGCGCUGUCCGGGCUGUAGAAGACGAGGUCUGGGCGCCUUCGACAAUUUCUUCCGAGCUUCAGCAGACCGUGGAUAUGCUCGAAGAAAGUGCUAGCAAAGACGUGUCGGCUUACCAGGUGGAGCUGAAUCUACGAGGAAGUGCACCGACGGGAUCCGCCGCGUCAGACAAGGCACCUGAAGUACCUGCACAGUCACAGGAGUCCGAGUCACACAAACUGCUGCAACUGGGCAACGAUCGAUUCUUUGUCGUGCGCGCCAGCGGGACUGUGAUCUUGCUCCUUAGUGAGUAUGUGCGACUCGUGGUGAAUCUGCCCAUGUUUGUCGCCGAGGCCCUGGGCUGGGUCGUCGAGUUCCUGAAGCAGUUCAAUUCGCGAACGUGCCAAGUCGUGCUAGGCGCUGGAGCUAUGCGUUCUGCUGGACUUAAAAAUAUCACUGCUCGCCACCUGGCCAUUGCUGCUCAAACACUCUCACUAAUGAUGGCGCUGAUUCCGUCCUUACGUGGCUUGAUGAAACGAUACCUGAAAACGACGCAAAUCGUGCUGCUGAGCGACUUUGACAAGCUGCAACGGGACUUUCGUGAGCACCAGUUUGAAAUUCACGCAAAGCUCGUAUCGAUCAUGGGUGAUCGUGUCCAAGUACACAGCAAAGCCCUCGCGCAGCUCGACGUACACAAAUGCGACUCACAUCUGCAGCCAAUGCAGGAUCUCGUGCGCGAAACUGGCACGCUACAUCGAGUGAUGACGCAGUACUUACAAACGUCCGUGGUGCAGGCCAUCAGUGCGCGCGUAUUUGCUGAUAUCGACGUCCGCAUGGCGCAUGCGAUCAGUGCAAUGGACGUACGCUCGUCAGAGGCGCAGAAACUUAUCGUCUCCGAGGUCGAGCACCUGAACGAAAAGAUGCAAUCCAUCGACUCGACUUGGCGCGGCGACAAGCUCACCGAGGCAGCCAAGGCCAAAAAGCCUCGACUAUCUCUUGAUGCUCGUCGCAAUGCGACGCCGCCUCUUGCUUAUCGAGCGCGCAAGAGCAUGGGCAAGCGGCCUCCAGCGACGCAAUCGCCGCAGCUCGAAUCAAUCGAGGCGUUUCAAGGACCUGCACCCUCGACUGAGUCGAGUGGCAGUGGUAGUGGGCCCAUCAGCCACGAGGCAAUGCCCUCAGUGACAGAAGCGGUCGCUGGACCACCAGCAACUACUGAAUCUAUCACCUCGACUUCAGCUUCGGCGACACCAGCGACGGCCGCUGCCGAUGUUUCUCCGCCGGCUCCGUCUGAAAAGCCUAUGCCUCCCUUACCAGAUAAGCCAAUUGAGCAGCCAAAAGGUCGUGAAGAAGCCUCACGAAGCCUCAGUGAUUCAACCUUGCCUGUGUCACGGGGCGAGGUGCCACCCUUAGGUGCGAUUCAACUCAAGUCGGCUGAAGUGAACAAGCCCGAUGAGGCACGUCGGGGACCGUCCCUUCCACCAGAGACGACGGCCGGGCCUGCAUCAUCUGCACCUGGAAGCGAUAAUGACAGGCUUGCUCCGCCCCCCGAGCACAUGCCCACAGAACACUUAGAUGCAGAACAAGAGGCAGCAUCGAGACGUGUAUCAGUGUCGGCGCCGGUUGAAUUGGACAGUUCCACAACAGAAAACACCCGCGAUGCGAAGAAUCCGACGGACAAAGGUGCUGCAGGAGACUCUGAGCCAAAGUUAGCUGAUCCUUCACAGUCUGCAUCCACGCCAGUCAAGCUCAACGGCGCAAGGGAUGCUUCUAAAGACACCUCUGCAUCGCCUGCUCAAGAUACUCCCCGCUCGAAAGGACGCGUGUCUCUAGAGCAGCGCUUGGCCGAGGCAGCCAAGCGACGUGGCUUGCAGAGAGCCCAGGUGCAAACCCAAGUUCAGCCACAAGCUCGUUAUCAGACACCAGAUAAGCUGACACUAAGUCAAACACAACAAAGGCCUUCUUCUCCUGCUCCAAGUACACCCAUGAGAACAAAGCCAUCACUAGCAGAGAGAUUGGCUGGGGUAACGAAGCAAGACGCCAGACCUACGGAAGAGCCACAACGACGUACACCGUCUGAGACGCGCACGAAAAUGGGAUGGGAAGCAAACGCACUGUCUGACCAUGACACAUCGAGCGUGGUGGCGGAAAGCCAUCCAACAUCCGGUGAAGCCUUGUCUCAAGAUCCAACGACUGAGCAAGCGGCGGAUCGCUCCUUGGAGCCGGACAAAGAAGACAAAGUCUCCCCGGCACUUACGACUGAGGCAAAAGAAGAAUUGAUAAGCCCCGAGAUUNUGCAAGACAAGCCAGAGACUCGGGGCAAGUAUGAGGCACGGAACGUGGAUGACGAACAAGAAAAAGGUAUGCCGUCUGAACAGCCAGCAUCAGAGCCCUUGCCCAAUACGAGUGAUGCGUCGACUACCACGCCGGAUGAAAACACUGGGACAAAGACGGAAGAGCUUUCUGAAGACGCAAAGCGUCUGAAUCAGUCCACUGAGACAGCCAAACCCGUUGUGCAACGUGACGAGCUCCUGGGAUCGUCUGGACCUACGAAUGAGUCUUCCGAUCUUGUUGAUCGCGACCCCCCUAAUGAGUCGGUUGACACAAGCCAUCUGAUCCAUGCCGAUAACUCUCCCGCCCAUGACAAGCAACUGACACAAAGCAAGACUGACAAGGCGUUGAAGGCACCCGAUACUGUUGCUUCAGACCCAGCUGAGACAGAAUCAUCUGCUAUACAAACUGACAAUAGGAAGCCGAACGGAUCCUGUGCUGAGAAACAUGCGCAGCUUUCUGUGCCGAACGACUCCGCUCUGCCCACAGAGGAAGCAGAUUCUCCCGAGCCUUUGAUGAAAAGGGAACCUGUGGCUGAGGCGCCGAAUGCCGAUACACAGGGGCCAUUGCAUACAACCAAGACCGAGACGGCGGCAAGCGAGGAGACACCGCCUGCCGAGAGUCCUGACACUCCGCCUCAAGAUGUCAAAUCGACUGACGCGGCAGACUCCACUCCCGAGGCCACAGCUCCCGCGACAGAGCCUAUCGUCGAAUCUGUCAAGUCGCUCGAGUCUUCAACGGAAGCUAAAGAAGAAACAGAAACCACUACCUAG